AUGGCGGCUCGGUGCGUGUGGCUGGCGCGGUGCGCCCUCCCGGCCUUGGCGCGGCCUUUCAGGGCAGGCCCGCGGCUGCUGUGCACGGCCCCCAAACAGAAGAAUGGCCAGAGCCUGGACGAGGACACGGGGCCGGCCGAGCAGAAGGCAGAGCCGCCCUCCCCAGAGAAGGGCCUCGCGGACGAGAAGGUGAAGCUGGAGGAGCAGCUGAAGGAGACGACGGAGAAGUACAAGCGUGCUCUGGCCGACACCGAGAACUUGCGGCAGAGGAGCCAGAAGUUGGUGGAAGAGGCCAAGUUAUACGGCAUCCAGGCUUUCUGUAAGGACCUGCUGGAGGUCGCGGAUAUCCUGGAGAAGGCCACGCAGAGUGUCCCCAAAGAGGAGGUCCGCGAGGACAACCCUCACCUCAAGAGUCUCUACGAGGGCCUUGUCAUGACUGAGGUCCAGAUGCAGAAGGUCUUCACCAAGCACGGCCUGCUCAGGAUGGACCCUGUCGGGGCCAAGUUUGACCCAUAUGAGCACGAGGCCCUGUUCCACGCACCGGUGGAGGGCAAGGAGCCGGGCACAGUGGCGCUGGUCACCAAGGUGGGCUACAAGCUGCACGGACGCACGCUGCGGCCCGCCCUGGUCGGAGUAGCCAAGGACGCUUAG